UGAAAUUAUAAUCACCGAAAGCAACCGGAGCAGAAGAUAAACACGGAUACAGCUGAACAGAAAUGAAUCACAACGAUUAUGAUGUUCUUUUGGGGAUUUCACCCGAUAUUCGACAGUUUGCAGAAACAUUGAUAGAACAUUCAUGUUUUGGUAUAUGUGGAGGCAAAGCUAGAUUAACAGAUGUUAGAUCGGGGUCUGUGUCAUACAUUGCUGGUUGUGAAGGAGACAGAUUCAAAGUACUAUUGCCUUAUGCUGGACAGACUUUAACAUGGGAGGUAAUAUUUGAUAAAUAUAGUCCAGAAGAAUCUCCAGAUUUUAUAUUUGGAUCAGAAGACACAGAUUUUUCACCUGAUAUAGCUGAUAUUAAGACAUUAGUAGAUUGGGAUUAUCAUAAUCCUUAUGCCCUGCUCCAAGUCAUAGAAGAACUUCUAAAAAUGUAUAAGGUCCACCAGGAACGUAUAGUAGAAGCUUAUGACAGAUUACAAUUUGAAUAUUCAUCACUAGUUAACCAAUCAGAUAUCACAUCACAACAUGUAGAAGUACAUAUACUUAGGUUUGAGUCAAAAGUUGGACCAAUUAGCUUUUUAAUCAGAUUACCAGUAGAUUUUACCAGAAUACCUCCAUUUUUAUCAAAGGAUAAUCCUGGUGAAGAUUCAGCCAUCCUCCUCAUAAGUUUUCUGUCUCCAUCAAGUUCAAAGAUCACACCACAGUUAUAUUUAUCACCAAAAGUUGAGCAUGCACUUGGUGGUGCUGCAAAUUUAAGAAUACCAGCCUUUCCAUCAGAUGGAUGUCUGUUAGAUUAUGUACCAAAUGUUUCUAAUUUAUUAUCUAAUAAGGUUGACCAAGUAGUUGCAAAUUUUGAUAGGAGAAAAGAAUAUAUUGCAGCAUUUUUAAGUCAUUUUGGAAGAUCAUUACUGGAAUAUGAUGCAGAUGCUUUUACAAAGAUCAGCUUUUUGUUUGAAUGGAAUGAUUUUUUCUUUAUAUUUUUAAUUGAUUUGCCACAGUUUUUUCCACAAGAACAACCAGAAUUCAAAUUCCAGUCUAUAUAUCAUCAAGAUGCCAAGCGAAAACCAUUCAUUCAACCUUUUGGGGAUUACCCAUACAGUCCAAGAUGGACUGGGAAUGAAAUGGCACAAAGAGCAAAGUCUUUUAUUUUGAACAACAUCAGUGAUUUUCAGAAAGCAUCUGUCCACAGUGGAUCAUUGAACUGAAGAAAAAAAAAUCUGAUUCUAUAUACGGGCAAAGUGUUUUUAUCUUCAGUUUAAAAUUAGAUCCAGGAUUCCAUUUUUGGGCAUUGUGUUGAUAUCUUCAGUUUAGAUUAGAUCCAGAACUUCAUUUCAAAUAGAAGUAAUGAAAAAUAACACAAAUGACUUUAAUGAUACAAAACUUUUAAGUAAACUUCAAGUAUGGUCAAUUUAUAAAGAGACUAGAUAGAACAUGUAUAGAAUUAAUCAUCUAGUAUUUGGAACAGGAUUUAUUUAUGAACAAAAAUGAUUAAUAUUUAAUCAUAUGAUACAUGUAGAUAUAAUUAUUCACUCAUUUUCAUACCUCAGCAAGUACUGUAUACAUUUUGAAAUUUUUAUAUAUUUUAAACUUUACUAACGGUUCAUCAUCAAACUCUCAAUCAACAAUAUAAUAUCUUGAAAAUCUCUCAUUUACAACCAUACAAUUUAUAUUGUCUGUUAUUGUUAAUUUUUAACCAGUUAUAAUAAAAAAUAUUAUAUAUAUAAAUGUGA